AUUUCUUUUUUGAAACACAUUUUUCUUAUCUACAGAGUUGGAACUCAAAACCUUAGGAUACAAAUUCAGUUCAAUUAUUAUUAAUAUAGUUUAUAUCCAAUAUAUUAAAGAAAUACUAUUAGUUUGGCAAAGGUUAACUGCGAAUAUUUUAACGUGGUGGCAUAAAUGUAAUUAAAACAAAGUCUAGGGGUAAAUAAGUAGUUUGGUUUUCUAUAAGUAAACUCAUUUCUGUGACUGGAAAUAGCAGUGACAUAGCAAAAAUAGCUUAUUCUGCAAAUGGCGGAAAAUGCUUCAACUGAACUGAAGAUGUUUGUGUUUUUCUGUUUAUUACUAAUUCAAUUUUCCGUUUCUGAAAUCAUUUUUGAAGAGCGCUUCGAAGAUGGAUGGCGAAGUCGUUGGGUAAAAUCAGACUGGAAAAGUAGCGAAGGCAAAGCCGGUUCGUUCAAACACACGGCUGGGAAAUGGGCUGGUGAUCCGGAUGAUAAAGGUAUCCAAACAUCAAAUGAUGCCAAACAUUUCGCCAUCUCGGCAAAGAUACCAGAAUUCAGCAACAAGAAUAGAACACUGGUCUUCCAGUACUCUAUAAAAUUUGAACAAGAGAUUGAGUGUGGUGGAGGUUACAUGAAGCUCCUCUCUGGAUUUGUUAAUCAAAAGAAAUUUGGCGGUGAUACGCCGUACAGUAUAAUGUUUGGACCAGAUUUGUGUGGCACAGACACAAAGAAGCUCCAUGUCAUAGUCUCUUACCAAGGUCAAAAUUACCCGCUAAAGAAGGACCUGCAAUGCGAAACUGACAAGUUAACUCAUUUCUACACAUUCAUUCUCCGGCCAGAUGCUACAUACAGUGUUCUGGUUGAUAAUAGAGAGAGAGAUUCCGGAAGCAUGUAUACAGAUUGGGAUAUUCUCCCUCCGCAAAAAAUCAAAGAUGUUAAGGCAAAAAAGCCUGCAAACUGGGAUGACAGAGAGUACAUUGAAGACCCUAAUUCUGUCAAACCCGAGGGAUAUGAUUCAAUCCCAGCAGAAAUUCCUGAUCCAAAGGCUAAAGAGCCUGAUAGUUGGGAUGAAGACGAAGAUGGAAUAUGGAAGCGGCCGAAGAUACCAAAUCCAGCAUACAAAGGACCGUGGAAACGAAAGAAAAUCAAGAAUCCUAACUACAAAGGGAAAUGGAAAACUCCAUGGAUAGAUAAUCCAGAGUUUGAAGAUGACCCCAAUCUUUAUGUGCUUAAGCCUAUCAAAUAUGUCGGCAUUGAAGUUUGGCAGGUUAAAGGCGGUUCAGUAUUCGACAACAUUUUGAUUUGUGAUGAUCCUGAAUAUGCAAAACAAGUUGUUGAUGAAGUGUUUGCCAAUAGGGAGAUUGAAAAAGAGGGUUUUGAGGAAGCAGAGAAAAUAAGAAAAGCCCAAGAGGAAGAGGAGGCUCAAAGAGCAAGAGAAGAAGGUGAAAGGCGGAGAAAAGAGAGAGGUUAUGAUCGACACGACAGACAUAGAGACAGAUAUAGAAAGCAUCGUCGUGAUUACAUGGAUGAUUAUCAUGAUGAACUGUGAUGGUAUAAACUAUAAAGCACCCAUCUUUGUUAGUAUCUGUUUUGUGGUUGACAGGAGUUUAUGUAUUGUAUGAAUUAUGUUUACCUUCAUAUUGGCAUUAUGUUCCAUCUGAUGUUAAUUUAUUGGAAACUCAAUAAUCAUAUGUGGUUGGUUUGGAGCUUUGUUGCAAA